AAUUUUCAAUAUUUUUCACCCUCCAAUAACACAAUACGAUAAGAUAAGCUCACAAAAAAAGACUCAAGCUUACACUAACCUCUAUCACUCACCAUGGAAACAACACUCCUCUCAUCAUUCCCAUCUUCAAAUUCAUCUCAAACCCUAACCCAAUUCCGCUCAUUUCAAAACCCAUUUCCCAUCUCAACUCCCUUCAAAAAACCCAUAUUUUACAAACCAAUUUCAAUCAACUCCGCCAUUUCAAGAACCCGAAAAGAAGAGACAGUCGAAACGGUCAGAACCCAGUUAGAGAAUUGCUACCUCGUAGCAGCCAUCAAGUACACAGGCUUUACAGUGAAGCAGUUCCAAGAAUUGAGACGGGCAUUGCCCGAAUCAACCAAGCUUCUCGUCGCGAAAAACACGCUGGUUUACAAGGCCAUUGAAGGCACUCAAUGGGAGGCUCUGAAGCCCUGUAUGAAGGGCAUGAACGCGUGGCUUUUCGUUCACACGGAGGAGAUUCCUGAGGCGUUUAAGCCUUAUAGGAGCUUUCAGAAGGAGAAAAAGCUGGAGGAUAAUGAUUUUACGGGGGCGGUUUUUGAAGGGAAGUUUUAUGGGCCUGGGGAGUUUAAGCAACUCGAAACUAUGCCUUCGAGAGAGGAGAUUUAUGCGAAGAUUUUGGGGGCGUUGCAGAGCCCUGCAAUUGGGUUGGUUAGUACUUUGCAGGCUCCUGCUAGAGAUGUGGUUAUGGUGCUUAAAGCUUAUGUGAAGAAGCUGGAGGAUGAGAGUGGUGGUGGAGGGCAAUAGUGGCAUUGAGGUGAGUGUGAUUUUGUUGUUGUGCAAUGUGAAAAAGAUUUGAUUUUGUUGUUUUUGGAUUCUUGUAGUAAAGUUAAUGAAUUGAGAAUUCAAUUUAAGUUGUAGAAUUUUGUAUAAUUCUAAUUUGGUUGGUGAUCUUGAA